AUGUGCGACAAGUGGAUCCCGCUAAAACGGAAAGGAAAGUUCUACAUAGUGGCUAUUAGACCGACUAUGUUAUACGGGUCAGAAUGUUGGCCGAUGACGAAAGUCCAAGCUUCUCGAGUAGAGGUAGCUGAGAUGAGGAUGCUAAGGUGGUCUUGUGGGAAGACCCUACCAGACAGGAUCCCCACGGGAGUUUUUAGAGCCGAACUUGAAGUGGGGACCAUCAUUAACAAGCUAAGGGAAAGGUGUUUGAGAUGGUUUGGCAAUGUUAGGAGAAGGGAUCGAACAACACCACUAAGGAGAGCGGAGUCUAUCAUGUCGAAGGCAUACGAAGAAGGGGAAGGCCUAAGAUGA